AUGAAGAUAUUUGAAGAGCUGAAGUUGUCACUAUACGCUCCAAAAAAAGACCUAUGUGAUGUGUGUGAGGCAUAUAAUACGAAAAACUUAUCUGAGGAAAAGUAUAACAUGCAUCAAACUUUUAAACAAGAGGCGCGUCAAGAAAAGGAAAGGGACAAAUCUAGUAGUGACAUAACAGUUAACGUUUAUGCAAUGGAUUUACAGAGUGUGUUAUUGAGUCCCAAAUCAACAGUUUCUGCAAUGUACUAUAAAACCAAACUUAUAGUACAUAACUUUACCAUUUACAAUCUAAAAAACAAAGAAGGCUUUUGUUUUCUUUGGAACGAAAGCGAAGGGGGCUUGACUGCCAAUGAAUUUUCCAGCAUAAUAAGCUUUUUUAUUGAACAAGAAAUAAAAAAGUGUGACGGUGCUUUACGUGAAAUGAUAUUUUUCAGUGAUGGUUGUACGGGCCAAAAUCGUAACUCAACAUUGGCUAAUGCGUUUGUAAAUUUAGCUGCUCAGCACAAUAUAAUUCUCACUCAGAAGUAUUUAUUCAAGGGUCACACCCAAAUGGAGGUGGACUCGAUGCAUGCUACUAUUGAAAGACAGAUCAGGGAUCGCAAAAUAAACCUUCCAGCUGACUAUGCAUAUCAUUGCCAAAAGGCAAGAUCCAAUCCAUCUCCAUACAAUGUCAAGUAUAUUUCUCACAGCUUUUUUAAAAAAUUUGACAAUCUAAAAUUCUAUAAUUCAAUACGCCCAGGUAGGGCAGCGGGCGACCCUGUUGUCACUGACAUAAAGGCCCUGAGAUAUUUCCCGAAUUGCGAAAUUCAAUUUAAAAUGAGACAUACUGAUCCAUGGGCUGCCUUAAACCAACGAUUGAAUAAAAAGAUUACUCCCUGCAAGUAUGACGAUCUACUUCCAUUGUUUACAGAACGCAGGAAAAUUAAAAAGGAAAAGUAUGAUCACCUACAAAUUUUGAAAUUAGGUCUAUUGGAAGAUUACCAGAAAUUCUACGAUGAACUGCCAUUUGAAUAA